CACUGCUCAAAUUGACUUUGAUGACAUGAAAUUGCUAUCUGGGGGCUUGUUAGUCAAUACAGAGGAAAAUGAGUGAACUUCGUAUAUGGAAAUCUUUCCCUACUCUACAAAUGAUUAAACCUAUCCGGAGCAAAACACACACAGUGAUUCAGAUGAAGAAUUUGAUCCAUUUAUUAACAAACCAAAAUAAAGAUCAAACCCCAUUAAUCAAAUAUUGAAAAUAAGCAUAUCCUGUGCACAUCUGGAAACCAUAUGUAUGCUGAGGUUUUAUCAUAUGAAUAAUUUUUAAAAUAUGGUCCCAUCAGUCAUGUUAGGUCUUUGAAAAAUUGCCUUUGUAUAUAUGGUUAGUCAACUUGAUUCAUGUCAUAUUUCUGAGCAAUUAAAAUUCAGUGCAAAUGAAAUAUAUAAAACCAAACUCAUCAUGACUGUGUUGCCUCUGAUAGUGAUAAGAUGAGAAUUUCAGAAAUUCCCAACAGCGUGCCUGACUGUCCAUGCUGACAGGCUGACUCAGACAUGUUACGCAAGGAUGCAAUUAGGUUCCCUCGCAUGAAUCAAUGUCACUCGAGAGACCGCGUACAAACACACCGCACACCCCCUCACACAUUAUGCACAUGGACCGGUGCAGCAGAAUUGCUUAAUUAUGUCAAGAUUGUCUAGCCGGCAUUUGCGCCAUGCAGCCUCAGUGCACGCAUGCACACUUCUACAGCGGUGACUACGUAAUGAGCUAUAUUUGGGCCUGCGUGACUCACUCAUCACGCAGGGAAACCUGAGGCCGUUUGGUUUUAUCAUACUAAGUCGGUGCAGCAAUUCCUUGAACCACUUCGUCACCGUAUUGCGCAGACGGCACAUGUAGGUUUGAUCAGCGGUGCAUGUGGAUAUUUUUCUUUCACGCUUGUGCGGUUGAGCCGGUAAAAGUAAUUUGCCGCAUUUUGGCCAAAGUCGAGUCAAGAUUUGACAGCGGCCAUCAACAUGGCAGACUUAUCACUCUCCAUGGCGGAGUUUGAACAUUUCCGGCCGCAGGCUGAGCGCAAGCACCACCUACGCAAUGGCCUCCCCAGCCCCUGCCACAGUGCCCACAACCUCCUACUGCGUACCUCCCUCCAAAAGCGCACCUUGGAGAAGAAAGCCAAAAAGGUACGAUUCUAUCGCAACGGCGACCGCUUCUUCAAGGGGAUCGUCUACGCCGUGUCUCCAGAGCGCUUCCGCACCUUCGAGUCCCUCCUCGCCGAUCUGACGCGGACUCUAUCGGACAAAUCCCACUUGCCGCAAGGCGUGCGACAGAUUCUCAGCAUCGACGGUUCCCGCAAGAUCUCCAACUUAGACCAACUCGAAGCCGGCGAGAGCUACGUCUGCUCCUCCAUCGAAGUCUUCAAGAGGAUCGACUACAUGAAGAACAGCGAUCCCAGUUGGCGAGUCGGCAUCGUGGCCAAGAAGGACAAAGACGUGGCCGGGGCGGGCCGUGACAGCAGCACCCCGAUGCCUCGCACCACGGAGGGCCUGAUUGAGGACCACCGUGAUUUUAUCAAGCCUAAACUGGUGACCAUCAUCAAGAGUGGUGCCAAGCCACGCAAGGCCGUCAGGAUCCUGCUGAACAAGAAGACGGCUCACUCCUUUGACCAGGUCCUUACAGACAUCACCGAGGCCAUCAAGUUGGACUCAGGAGCUGUCAGAAAACUCUACACGCUGGAUGGACGACAGAUCACAUGCCUUCAAGAUUUCUUCAAAGAUGACGACGUUUUCAUCGCAUAUGGCCAGGAACGCUACUCCCAUGACGACUUUGACAUUGCUGUGGAAGAGUGCAAGAUGGUCUCUCCUUAUCGCAACACCAAGCGCAAGGAUCGUGUUAUGAUGAAGAGUCCAGGCACACCACGUCGCAUGUCUUCCCCAAAACCAGUAGUCCCGCGGCCUGAGGUUCCUUUCUACCCAUCCUCAGCCUCCCCCAAGCCGUCCACGGCCAUGUCCCUCAGACCUGUCAUCGCACCAAAGCCAAGCCUCCACAAGCUGCAAAAUGCAACAGAAAACGGCGCUAGACCAUCCUCUGUGGCAUCAUCCAAGUCAAAGGGCAGCAGAAGAGGCUCUGGUACUUCAACGAGUACUGCUGGGACAGGACAAGACCAUGACCUCUCACCCCAUGAGGACAAUGGCAUGGACGACGGAGAGGGCGCCCUCUAUCAGAAGUACGAGGUCGGGCGCGUGAUCGGCGACGGCAACUUUGCAGUGGUCAAGGAGUGCUUAAACAGGGGCACCAAAAUGGAGUUUGCACUGAAAAUCAUCAACAAGAGGAAAUGUGUCGGAAAGGAGAAAAUGAUUCAGAACGAAGUGUCCAUCCUGCGCCAGGUCCAGCACCCUAACAUCAUCCAGCUGAUUGAAGAGUUUGACACUCCCUCUGAGUUAUUCCUGGUCAUGGAGCUGGUUAAGGGUGGGGAUCUGUUUGACGCCAUCACCUCCGCCACCAAGUACACGGAGCGCGACGGGGGCUGCAUGGUCCACAACUUGUUCAGCGCCCUCAAGUACCUGCAUUCCAUGAACGUUGUCCACCGCGACAUCAAGCCCGAGAACCUCCUGGUGUGCGAGCACGAGGACGGGACCAAGUCACUCAAGCUGGGAGACUUUGGGCUGGCCACCAAGGUGACCGGUCCCCUGCGCACGGUGUGCGGGACGCCCACUUACGUGGCCCCUGAGAUCAUUCUGGAGACUGGGUAUGGCUUGAAGGUUGAUGUGUGGGCAGCAGGCGUCAUCACUUACAUUCUGCUUUGUGGAUUCCCGCCAUUUAGAAGUGAGAGUAAUGACCAGGAGGAACUGUUUGACCACAUCAUCGCUGGCGACUUCCAGUUCAUCUCACCUUACUGGGACUCCAUCUCGGAAGUAGCUAAGGAUCUCAUCUCAUGCAUGCUGGAGGUGGACGUAGAGAAGCGCUUCUCUGCUGCCCAAGUCAUGGAACACCCAUGGGUGGCUAGUGAUGACGGUGGAGUCCAACAGCAGAUUGACGUCUCCGGUGAGCUGAACACACACUUCAAGAUCAAGCCCAAGCAGUCUAUCAAAGCUGCUGGUAUUGCUCUGAUCGCUUCCACUGCUCUUGACAAGGAUGGCAAGUACUUCCAGGGACGCCGGCCAAGAGAGGGCGCCGAUGGGGCAGAACACACACCAGAUGAUGAUGAGUACACUUACUGAAGAUGAAAUAAUCACCAUGGUAAUGCCAUACAAUGACUUCCAGUAGUGCAGGGAUACUAGGGGUAACAGCAAGGUGAAUCGGGAAGAGUGCAAUUGUACAGAUCUUGCAAGUGCAGCGAAAUCAUGCAACAUCUUGCAGUGACAAGCUAUGAACUUUUUGUGACAAAACGUUCAAACAGAUAUCAUAGCACAUGCUGCAGGGAUGAUCUUACAACACCUAAAAUGACAACUUGCAACAAAAUUGUGCAAUGUCUUGUAAAAAUACAAAUUGUCAAAUGUUUCACAACAUCUUGCCACCCUUUCAACAAACUCUUGCCAUAUAUAGCUACAAAAUCUUUCAUGAGGCUUAUCCCUCCACACUUUGAAUUUCUUCUUUGAAAAUGAUAAAUAUCCAAUCAAAAAACCUAACUAGCUUUAGGACAACUGUUGACAACAGAGUUGUUGACAACACAACUAAAAUAUCCUGAGACUUUGUACUAACAUUGAGUGUGUAUCUCCUAAUGUAGAAAGAACACCAUUUUUAGUUUAUUUGCAGAUCCGUUUAUGACAUUGUCAACAGUGAUAUACCAAAGCACAGAGUUUAUCAUUCUGUAAAACUGUCUUAUAACACUAGUUUAAUCUUGAAACUUAUAACAACCUGAUAUAUGUUUGAUGACCAACUUUUGGAAUUAGCUCUAUUUUUUUCCAAAAAAAAAAAUCAUGAGAGAUAUUGACUGUAUGAUUUUGAUGA